AGUUCCGUCCGUACAGAUUGGACCCUUCGCUCUUCUACUACGCGAAGUGUGACGAGGUUAAAACAGCUGUUCUGCUGGAUGGUCGCGUUGACAGAGGACGACGAUCAAGCGGAUGAAAGAUCUAUCGGAAAUCCAAGCACUUAAAUGAUAUCGCGAAUAUUCCGUGGGGAAAUCGAAAAUAUCGCGGUCAAACGCAAACGGCAAAUCGACACUCUGAAAAUCUUUAACGACAAUGUGAUAGAGCUCAGAGAAAAUGUGGACUAUCAGGUGGAAUUUCAAGCUGGCGAAAGACGAAUGGCUAUUAUGGUUUCUCUGUCGCAGAAUUUUCCAUUGGAGAAGCCAGUACUUAGAGUUUCCCCACCGAUAAGCCAUCCCUGGUGCAAUGAGCAUAGUGAAAUUACCAGUGCACCAGGAUUACUCAAUUUUUCAGUACACAGUGAUCUUGGUCGAGUUGUCCAAGUUAUUAUCAGAGAAUUCAGCAAGAAUCCGCCACAAUUGUUAGAGGAUAUUUCACCUGGCUCUAGUAAACCUCAUCUAGAUCUACAGGAAAGGAACUCGCCGUCUUACUCGCUUCAGCAGUAUCCUGUCGAAAUUCCGUCGACGUCAUUCAAUUCGUAUUAUAAGACGCAGUUUCCACAUCUAUCGUCCUCUAAUGCAAAUACGUGCAUUUAUAAUUAUAACUAUACGAAUUCUGGUCAUACGUAUGUCUCGACUUCGAAAUCGUUUGGUGGUACGUCGCAUCACUCACCCUAUCAUCCGAAUUCGAGAAACAGUGCGCUUCAAAAUUCUACGUCCGCGCGAUAUACCUCGGAUCAGCAUAGCACUCCUUACUUGAAUUCGCAUUAUGCGAACGCGAACUAUCAGCAACCAUUGCCGAAUCAAUCGCAGACGAAAACGCCGCAUAGCAUAAUAUUUCCCGAAUUAAACAAUUUAACUAACGAGGAAUUAAAGAGGCUCAGCGAAGAUGACGACAAGCUGGACGAUUUUCUGGAAAAACAUUCCCAAAUUAAAGAUAUAAAUGCAGCGAUUGAAGAUGCUAUGGAUUGGGUUGAAAAAACUGCAGAAACUAAUGCAGCCAAAGAACCCGAACUGAAGCAGCUGCAAGUUGAUGUAGCAGAUAAAGUGAAAACGGUGGCAGCAUUGAAAGCCAGAUACGACAAUCUUAUACAACGAUACAACAAAUUAUCCGAGGUUUUUACGCCGGAUCACAUAAAAGAAUGUUUGAGGCAGGCAGCGGACGAGAGCCACGAAGAGAGUGAGCAGAUUGCCGAAGAUUUUCUCAACCGGAAGAUCGAUGUCGAGCGUUUUCUCAGCACAUACAUAGAGUGCCGGAAGCUGGGUCAAGCUAGACGAACCAAGGAAGAAAAACUAGCGCAUCAGUUGAAUGAAUUGAAACGAGCUGGUUUCUGAAAUGAAUAUAAUAUAUAUAACCAUUUUUUUCUAUGAAGCGAACAAAAACUGUAAAUAAGACUUAGUUAAAUUAAACGUUGUGAAUUUAAAUGUAUAGCGUUCGAUUACCAGGUAUCUGAAGUGGCUAGAAGAUUCGAUAGAUUUGGUGGAAACGUAUUUUGCAUAAACAUGUUACGUUUAAAUCGCUUUUUACUUACGCUGCAUUCUAAAUUAUUUUGAACCGCAUUCUAGAAUUGACGGAUAUGUACAUACGCAUACACACAAGUGGCGCUAAACGUAUGAAGUGGUUAAAAACUGAGAGUGCUUUAAGAUUAACUUUUGAAAUACAUUGUAAUCCGAACAAUUUAAUGAGAUAAAAAAGCAGUAUAAGUGAAUGAUUAAAAGAAUUAAAACCGCGUUAAAACCCGUAUAACAAGUUUAAUUGAAUUCAAUGAGUACUUAUUCCAUAGUGAAAAUAACAAUGGCUUUAAUUAUAUUAGUUUUGCACAAGUUUUGACAUGUGUAUUGUCACAAUUAAUUCUGACACAGAGGUACGUUUUUUACUCUGUAAAUAAUGUGCAGGGAGGGGAGGGGGAGAGAGAGAGAGA